GCGGGUGUGAACAUUUGAAAGAAAAUUGAUUUUUCAAAGUAAAUUGAGUAAAAAUCUAAUUCAUAAAUUAUUUAGUGAUUUAAAGAAACUAUCAGACCGGAAAAAGUGAUUGAAACUAAAUAGAAAGUGAUAAAUCAGUGUGAAAAUCAGUGAAAUUCCAAUAUCAGUGGUGGAAUUUAAAUUUGGAUUUAUAAAAUAAAUUUUGGAUUUUCUGUGGAAUAAGUCUAUCAGCAUGACACCUACACUAUUGGUGUCAGCUUUUGUUGUCGCUGUUCUAGGACAAGCCGACUAUGUUCAGAGUGCAUCACCUCGUUGGGAACCGCAAAUUUCCAUUCUAUGCGAAGCUGGUCAGCAAUAUUUGCCUCAAUAUCUAUCGGAAGAUGGUCGAUGGUCAUCGGAAUUGAGUGUGAAAGUACCCGGAGUAUCAUGUCUACGUGACAAAAUGGAUUUAUUGGAUUAUUGCAAGAAGGUUUAUCCAGGACGUGAUAUCACAAAUAUUGUUGAGUCAUCACAUUACCAGAAAAUUGGUGGAUGGUGUCGACAGGGUACAACCAACACAGCCAAGUGCAAGGGCGCCCAGCGUUGGAUUAAACCUUUCCGUUGUUUGGAAGGACCUUUCCAAUCGGAUGCUUUACUGGUGCCGGAGGGUUGUUUGUUUGAUCACAUUCACAAUGCUUCACGUUGCUGGCCCUUCGUACGAUGGAAUCAAACUGGUGCUUCUGCAUGUCAAGAACGUAAUAUGCAAAUGCGCAGUUUUGCAAUGUUACUACCUUGCGGUAUUUCAUUGUUCUCGGGUGUUGAGUUCGUCUGUUGUCCAAAGCACUUUAAAGCUGUUCCAACUAAGGUCAAAAAGACAGAUCUGCCCGUGAUGCCACCAGAGUCAGAAAUUUUGCCAUCUUUAGAUGAUUCCGAUGAUAGCUUUUCAGAUGAUUUAGAUGACGAUGAAGAUUUAGACGAUCAGGAUGAAAUGAUGGCUGAUGAGCCAUUAGAAACUCUUGAAGAAGAAGACGAAGAUGACGACUAUGAAUCGGAUGAAGAAACGCCAGCCAUUGAUCAGGACUUUAUGAAUGACGACAUCGUGACUUCAACAUCAGCACCUUCAACCACUUCUACAACGUCAUCUUUUGACUAUGCUGCGUCGCAAACGACACAAACACCCGAAAAACCAUCGGAAAUUCCGAUUUCUGCUCCUUCGAAUGACGCAAUCGGAACUUCAAUUCCCACACCAGAUCCAUACUUUACCCACUUCGAUCCACGAAUGGAACAUCAAAGCUAUAAAGAGGCACAACAACGUCUGGAAGAAAAUCAUCGUGAAAAGGUGACACGAGUUAUGAAAGAUUGGUCUGAUUUGGAGGAACGCUAUCAAGACAUGCGCUUAGCCGAUCCCAAAUCAGCUCAAAGCUUUAAGCAGAAGAUGACGGCGCGAUUCCAAGUAACAUCUGUACAAGCUUUGGAAGAGGAAGGCAAUGCUGAGAAACAUCAAUUGGCAGCUAUGCAUCAACAACGCGUGCUGGCACAUAUCAAUCAACGUAAACGCGAGGCAAUGACAUGCUACACACAAGCGCUCACUGAACUUCCACCAAACGGUCAUCGCGUGGAGAAAUGUUUGCAAAAGCUUCUCCGUGCUUUGCACAAGGAUCGCGCUCAUGCUUUGGCUCACUAUCGCCAUCUAUUGAGCUCAGGUGGAACUGGUGGGUUGGAAGCAGCUGCCCAAGAAAAACCUCGUACAUUGGAACGAUUAAUCGAUAUUGAUCGUGCUGUAAAUCAAUCAAUGACAAUGUUAAAACGUUAUCCGUCUCUCUCAAAGAAGUUGUCUCAAUUGAUGGAAGAUUACAUUCAAGCACUUCGAUCAAAAGACGACACACCUGGAUCAUUGUUGGCAAUGACCGAAGAUGCUGAAUCCGCUAUUUUGGAUAAAUAUAGAAUUGAGAUUGAACGUAAAGUGAAUGAGAAAGAGCGACAGCGUCUUGCUGAAAAGCAACGUAAAGAACAACGAGCUCUCGAACGUGAGAAGAUUCGUGAAGAAAAAAUGCGAUUACAAGCUAAAAAUGCUGAAAAAGCUUUCCGUGCUCAACAAAUGAAAGAUCAAGAGCAACAAGAAUCUAAAACAGAAUCUGCUCAGCAAACUUCUAAGGAACAGACCAGUGAAUCUAUUUCUGAUAUCAAGGAAACAACAGUUGAAUACACUGAAGAGUCGAUUUACAUAACUUCUCCGACUUCAUUACCAACUGUUGAUGAUGCUGCUGUUCAGCGUGCAGUUGAAGAAGUCGCUGCUGCUGUCGCUCACCAAGAAACUGAGCCACAAAUGAAUCAUGCUCGUGCUCAUGAGUUCGGACAUGGUGAAGCUAGUUUUUCGGUUCGUCGUCAAAUUUAUGGUCCAAGUGGCCGUGAAGGACGUAACGUUUACUUCACAUUGGCAUUUGCUGGUGUUGCAUUAAUGGCAGCAGUUUUUGUUGGUGUUGCAGUUGCUAAAUAUCGUGCAUCUCGUUCACCUCAUGCACAAGGUUUUGUUGAAGUUGAUCAGACCGUCGCCGUUCCUGUAACACCUGAAGAACGACACGUAGCAAAUAUGCAAAUCAAUGGAUAUGAAAAUCCAACUUACAAAUAUUUCGAGGUCAAAGAAUAAAAAAGCUCACCACCAUCAUCAUCAUCGUCGUCGUUCUUUUCUAAAUAGAGAAAAAAUAAAUCCAACCGAGCCCGCAACACAACCCCACAAGUUGCAUGUAUAUGUAAAAAUUGAUAUUAAUUGAUACAAAAAAAGGUAAAAUGAGAAGUCAGUUUCGAAAAACAAAUGUGUAAAUCAGAGUUUUCAGCAAUCUGACAGAUGAAAAAUGAGUAACUAAAUUAAAAAGGAAAACUAACUCGAAAUGAAAACCACAAAAGAGAUGAAAAGUUUAUUGCAAUUUUUUUUUAUUAUUUCUGUGAAAUUCAAAGAGAGUCAUGUGUUGUCUAAGUCUAUGAGAAAUUGUUUUGCAAUAUUAUUCACCAAAAAGAAAAUAAAGGAAAAAAAAAACAAUAAAGAGAAAAAGGGAAAGAAGAAGAAGAGGGAAAUUUGAUAAAUUUCAACCGAAUUAUCUAGAAAAUGUUUUAUAAUUUAUGUGUGAAAUUUUCAUAAUGUUUUAGCUUUGGAAAUCAAUAUCGAAUUCUAUCUUAAUGUUUAGAAAACAAAAGCGAUGAAAAUCUGGAAAUAUUUCUUAACUUUUCUCUUCUUCUUCUUUUGCUUCUUUGCCACCUACACACAAUAAUAAAUGAUGAAAUUUUCCGUUUCAUUCACUGCUAUAACCUUUGUUAUCUACUUAGUCAAAAAGCAUCUUCUUAAAAAGCUAGUAAAUCGAGAAAGAUGUUGAAUAAAGUGAAUAGUUAAGAAUAAUCUCACCUCUUCGACAUAUGUUCUUAAGUUGUAGCUGUAAAUGUUAGUGAAAGGAAAGUACUUAAAGCAUGUUUAUUAAUUUUGGUUGAGAACAUUAAGAAAAUGAAGAACUUUCUGUAUUAAGAAACGUGAAUGCUCGCUUGAAAGUAUUUUUUAUUUAUUUAUUGAAACUAAACUGAUAAGAAUCUGAAUAAUAAAUAAUAAUUAAAGAAAAAAAGAAAAUAUAAAUGGAUUUAAAAUAUGUGUCUGCUGGUCCCAUUUAAGACAUCAUAAAAAAGAUUUAAAAAGAAAAACAAAUCGUCCUUAAUUUAUUGUCCUUUCCUCAUCCCUAUUUGUGAUUCCUUUCGACACCUAGAUAGUUAAGGUUAAGAGUAGUUGACAGAGAAACACCUAACGCUAAGAUGGAUAUGAAUCCAAAAUGUUAGUUUUUAUGACAAACCAAAAAACUCUCUUUUCUUGAAAAGAAACACAAAAAAAUAAUGUUUAAUAAUGAAAUAAAAAAAAGAAACAAAUCGUCAAAUAACUGUGGAAAAAAUGUAAAAGAGCAAAUUUCUUGUGUUCACACCUUUGUGUCAUGACACACCGAUUGAGAAUCAAUGGGAUAAGGAAACGUGUAUGAAAGUUCACACAUAAAUACAUGAUGGAUUCUUCCUUCUCGAUGUGAUGCUUCCGGUGACAGUUGAAGCGCUGCUUAUUUAUUUCUCAACAUACAUACAUUAGUAUUUAUAUAAAUAUAUAUAUCAAGCUUUUCUUGUUUUGUUUCGCUUGAGCGUUUUUAAAUGAAAAAAAGUGAAACUUUCACCGAUAGCGUCAUGGAAACAGCCGAAAAUAUAAAAAAGAAUUAAGAAUCUUAAAAAAGAAUCUGUUAACAGCCGAUGAAUGAAAUGAAACGGAAGGAAUGAUGCAUAAAAUGGAUAUUAAAAUUUAUAUCGUAUAAUGAACAUAUAUUUUUUGUAUUUAACCUGCUCUCUACGCUUUUUAUCAUGGAGAAAAAAAAUAAUAAAAAUGAAAACAAAAAAGGAUGAAAAGUUAUAUAUAGCUGAAAAAAUAUUUAUAUAUGAAUUAUAUACAAUAUUUAGUAACUGAAAAUGAGAGACAAAAAAGAAGCUUUUUGUUAACUAUAGAGCUACCAAAUAACUGCUUCAGUUUUCUUUUUGUAUCACCUACACUCACUGAACACAUGAACACACAUGACAACAACUCUUAGAAGAACGCUCAUUAAAUGUUUGUUUUUAUUCUUAUUAAAUAUCUGAUUGCUUUUCUGUUGGAAACUCCUAGAAUAUUUAUUACCCUGAAUAUUUAAAGAAGAAAAGAAAAAAAAAUCAUUCCACGAGAAGAAAACUAUCACUUUGAUUUAAGAUAAGAAUUGAAGCUGCUGCUUCAAGCAGACGAUAGAAGUGAAGCAUUUAAAAAAAUACAAUUGAUAAGUGUGUGUAUGUAAAUUUAAUGAUGAUGAAAAUUGAUACAAAGUUUAUUAAAACCAUAAAGAAGAAAAAAAUGCAUUUUUUAGAAAAGAAAACAAGAUGAAAUCAAACAUUUUUUGAAAACUUAAACUAAAGAUGAUGAACACACAUUUUAAAUUUAAGAUGAUUAAGAAAUUCGUCCUUUGAAAUAUUGAAAGAUUUGUUCAUUACCUAAAAAAAAACUUUUCAUCGGUUUGAAGAAAAAAAAUUCUUUUCAACACUUACAAGUAAAUAUGUAAUUGCAAUUGCAUUGCAUGUCAUGGAAGAGAUGUGAAGUUUUCAUUCUUAACUGCAAUACUGAUUGAACAAUAAUAUUUCUUCAUCUGCUAGUGCUGUCUUGCUAUCCUGCUGCAACUUUUGAAAAAGCUUUUCUCCUUCGAAAGCAGAUUAUAAAAAGUUAAAAAGUUAAACUUUCAUUUCUUUGACUCUUUCUAUAAUUGAGUUUUUUCCUUCAACUUUUCAAUUGUGAAAUAUUGAAAUUAAAAUUUCUUUCCUUCUUUUUAAUUUCAUUCAAACAAAAUCAAUUUAAAAUCAAGUCAAGAUAAAUAAUAAAUGUCGAGUGACAAGUUUGCACGCAAUGGAUGAAAAUAAGAAAUAAAGUCACAAAAGUCAAAGCAGUGUAGCAAAAGUAAAAAAAAAGUCUUGUGACGAAAACAAAAACAAAAGUAUUUAUUUAUUUUAGUUACAUUUUUUGCCAUAUUAUCAGUGAAGGAAAUUUGUAAAGUUCGAAUAAAAGAUCAACAUGUAACGAUACAUAUAUUAAAACCAAGAAAAACACAAAAACAAUAAAACAUGAGUUUCACUUGUCACGUUAGUUGCGAUC